GAGUCCCACGGAUGCAUGUGUGUGGCCGCGUUCUAUAACUAUUAUAAGCAAAAUCAGGAGGAGGGUAUGUAUCUAGUUUAUGUCUCUGCCGCAGGUGAGCUGGUGAAAAUGCCGCAGGAGAUAGAGGGAGUAGUUGCCAAGUACCCUGAUCUAUUUGAAGAGCCGACAGGGGUUGUAGAGAGGGAGGUCGUCCAUGCAAUAGAGAUUAUCCCAGGGUCUAGUGUCCCGAAGGGUAGGAUCUAUCGGAUGUCUCCAGGCGAGCUCGAUGAGCGUCACCGACAACUCAAGGAACUCAUAGAGAAGGGUUGGAUCCGACCGAGUGUCUCUUCUUAUGGGUCUCCAGUACUAUUCGCACCUAAGAAGAAGGGGGGAACACUUGAGAUGUGCAUUGACUAUAGGGGCCUCAAUGCCAUCACUGUUAAGAACAGAGAGCCCCUACCGCGUAUCGACGAUUUGCUAGAUAGAGUGCAAGGGUGUCGGUACUUCAGUAAAAUAGAUCUGAAGUCCGGGUACCAUCAGAUUGCAAUCCGGCCCGAGGAUCRACACAAAACCGCCUUUYAGACCAGGUACGRUCUGUACGAGUUUGUGGUGAUGCCUUUCGGCCUUUGCAAUGCUCCUGGCACCUUUCAGCACCCUAUGAAUCGGAUAUUCCAUGACUACUUGGAUAAGUUUGUCAUCGUGUACCUCGAUGACGUACUUAUUUUUAGUAAGACUGUCGAGGAGCACGUUGCACAUCUGGACAAAGUCCUCAGUCUCCUGCGACAACACAAGUUCAAGAUCAACGGUGAGAAGUGCGAGUUUGGCCGCACCCAUGUCUUGUACUUGGGUCAUGAGAUUUCCGCGGAAGGGUUGAAGCCCGAUGAUGCAAAGGUGGCCAGCAUUCGUGACUGGCCUCGUCCUCAGUCUGUGACUGAGAUGAGAUCUUUCUUAGGGAUGACCGGCUACUAUCGCAAUUUCGUGCAGAACUAUAGCAUAGUUGCCGCCCCUUUGACUGAUUUGACCCGCCUUGACACCCCAUGGGAGUGGAUUGAGAGAUGCGAGGCUGCGUUCAGACAUCUGAAGCAUGUGUUGACGCAUUACGAAGUCUUGAAACUUCCUGAUCCUGAUAAGCCAUUUAUAGUAACUACGGAUGCUAGCCAAUUUGGCAUAGGCGUCGUACUUGCCCAACAGGAGGGGAAAAAGUUGAGGCCUGUCGAGUACAUGUCCAAAAAGAUGCCGUCUCAGAAGUUGGCAAAGUCCACCUAUGAGAAGGAACUCUAUGAGGUGUACAAGGCUCUGACCCAUUGGAGACACUAUCUCCUUGGGAGGUUCUUCAUCCUCAGGACUGAUCAUCAGACCCUGAGAUGGAUGAGAACUCAGCUGGUACUCUCUGACGCUCUCAAGCGUUGGAUCGAAGUCAUAGAGCAGUAUGACUUCGAGUCCCAAUACAUCAAGGGCGAGUACAACAAGGUUGUUGAUGCCUUGUCGCGUAGACCCGAUUUCUCAGGUGCGCUGAUCACUGAGUUUGGGCUUGCGAACAAUGUUACUCAGUCCAUGGUGGAAGCCUAUCGCGAGGACCCGUUCAUGUCUGAGAUCAUCCGCAGACUCGAGGCGAAGGACAAAAUGACUUCUGCCGAGUUUGAGUUGGCUAAYGGCUUGCUGUUCCUUGAGAAGGCUAGGAAUAAACGUUUGUGUGUUCCUAAUAGGGAGUCUUUGCGUAGUUUAUUUUUAGGAGAAUGUCAUGAUGUCACCAGACAUUUUGGCUUUAAGAAGACUGCAGCCAAUCUGUUGCAGCGGUUCUAGUGGCCCACGAUGAUGAGAGAUGCGAAGCUGUACGUGGAGACUUGUCAGGUCUGUCAGUGGGACAAGC